AUGCCUUACACGCCGCCCUCACAUCGAUCUCCCGCUUCGUCAGCCUCUGCUUCGCCCGUAGCGAGCCGGAGGUCGUCGCUACAAUCGAGUCCGAGACCUAACCUACCGCGAUCUGCUUCAUAUCUUACCAAGCAUCGACGAACACCUUCGGCUUCUGCUCUUAGCGAUGGAUCAACAGGGACGCUGACACCGCAGGGAACAUCGGAGGAUCUCAAGAGCAUGGGCACAGCAGUUCCUUCAAGCGUUCGCCAAUCACCACCACCCGUGACAGACGAGCGCACAAUGCCCAUGGGUGCUAUCAUCUCGCCACCCGAUUCUGCUUCCUCCGGUAGCGACGACGAGGAGCAAGAACCCCAGAUUCGAGGUCGAAAGCUCGACAAGGCUCUACGAGACGCCGUUAGCCAGAUCCCCAUGCAGCGCUCAUCAUCUCCCCAACGAACACAAAUCCAGCACAAUGACAGCACAGAAACAUUACAACUACGCCCUCGCAAGGAUGGUGUGCAUCUAAGCUUCAGCACAAGUGCUCUCGGUGAUCUUGCCAAGGGUCGUAAGAUGGGUCAUGUUCGAUCAGCGACCGAGCCCAACGCUGCCAUUAACAUGUCCGACAACUCGCAGUCGGUAUCUGAAGAGGAGAUUGACGAGGAUCUGCUUAAGAAGCCUCAAAUGGUGCGAAAGAAGUCUGGUGAGCUCGUCCGACCUGCUCUUCGUCCUUCCUCAAGACGCCGCCCCUCAAGUAUGCCCGGUACUCCCAUCUUCUCCAAGGCUGUUCACUUCGAUUCACAUCUCGAGCACGUCCGACACUUCCUGCAAGUGGACCGACCUCUCGCUGUGAGCGCUGGCUCUUCACCUAUUGACAGCUACGAGAGUGACACCGAGUAUCCCUUCCCUGGCAACGGCAAGCAGACUGCCCGCACUCCUCCUUUUGAGUGGGAGAUUCUCACCACAAACUUCCCCCAUGAUUCGCCGGCCCGUAAGUCGUUGCCCGUUCGACUAGAGAAGGUUUGGCUAUCGGCCGAUCAAAAGACUCUUUUGGGCUCUGUGGCUGUUGCCAACAUUGCCUUUUCCAAGGCCGUUACAUGCCGUUUCACUCUCGACUACUGGAAGACCACCUCGGAGGUCGCCGCUGAUUACAGCCACGAGAUCCGCCCACGGGAAACUCCGUUGGGUCAUGAUCGCUUCACCUUUUCCAUCAAGCUCGCUGAUACAGCCAACCUCGAGUCCAAGACCCUCUUCUUCUGUGUCCGCUACACCGUCAACGGACAAGAAUACUGGGACAACAACACCAACUCUAACUUCCAGGUCGACUUCCGCAAGAAGCAUCUGCCCAUGAAUGGCAAGAACAAUUUCCAGGGCGCUUCUUCUCGCCCGGCCAACGGACUCCCCCGGAGCAGCCGACGUACCGGCAGCGCCAAUGUCCCUCGACCCAAGUCGAUGCCUGUUGGCUUCAGUGAGUUCGGUGACGACGCAAAGCUCAACUUUGACCAGCCCAUCCACGAGUUUCUCGGCGAGUCUGAGAACAGCACUGGUGGUCUUCGCCUCAAGUCCAAGUCGGCUGGUAACCUGGCCAGUGAUAACAUCUCUAAGGACUUUGGCUCUCCCAGUGGCCUCGCCUUUUCUAACCGAUACGACUUUGGUGCUUCCUUGAGCGCUGCCGUCCAGGCUGCCAAAGAAAAGGAAGCCGCUCAGGAUAAGGAUGGUCUUUACAUGAAGGCCAACGUCCGAAGUUCCAAGCCCAGCCUUAUGGUUCCUGAGCCUACCAACAACGCUAAGAGCCAGGCCACCGCCCCCGGAGCUACUUCUCCCAACUCGACAAUCUCCAGCUCAUCAUAUGAGGAGCUGGUUAACAAGUACUGCUUUGUACGUGCCCCCGAAGUCCGCCCUGCUUCACCCAUCGCUUCUGGCGCCCGUCGCCCUUCCCUUUUUGGAUCAAAACAGUCGAGCCCUAACAUGAACGAUACUACCCUCAGCGCUACCCGCUACGACGGUGCUGCCGCUGGUAACCACCGCCGCAGCCAUACGACAUCGCUUGGAAGCCCCAACGGAUAUAGCCACCACGCCGGUCCUGCAGCUCACCAUACCCUUCAGCUUGGUGGCGCCUUUAGCCCACCGUCGGGUCCUUCAACACCAAAGGAUGGAUUCCGUGCUAACAGCACGUCGCCCACCCCGAAGCCAUCGGCUGCUGCCAGAUCGGCCUCACCUGCCUUUGUAUCUUUUGAUGGUACACCUUCUAACGAUCUGUCGUAUCAAAUCCAACAACAAAUGAUGGAUCAAUUUCCCUGGUCGCGCGAUGGCCAUGCUGCCACGGCGAUUCGAGGAUAG